CACUGCGCCGGGAAUUGGGCGACUCUCCGACCAUCAGCCCUCACCUCGAACUACCUUACUCAUACACACCACGGGAAGAAUUCGGAGUUGCCCACAAUGAGCAACACCGGCUCUCCCAAGCGAGUCUCGUUCGAGGAACCCCCUUUGUCAGCCAGUGACGAGGACCAGGCUCCGGUCGAGGUUGUCUUUGAUAUGUCGAAUCCCUUCCGCCGCAAGAGUUCCCUUAUCGGAUCCGAGUCGACCAGGCCACCACCAUCAAGCCACCGCCGAACAGAAUGCCUCGUCCACCAGUUUCUGGCCAGCCAGAGGCUCCAGAAACACCACAUACUGCCGCACGGCCACGACGCUGACUCCAACGUCAGCCGCGUCCACCACGACGGCCCGGGCACAGCAAUCUGUGAAGCGGACGAUAUCUCGUCCGAGGCCGGACUCGACCGCCCGCUUGAUCCCAAGGGCGGUCACGGCAGUUCUGCUCGACACGGUCGAAUGCCCGCGCAACACGACGGCAGCCACGAAGUGAAAGAAGAGGAAGAAGAGGAAAAAGAGCCGACCACGAGCCAUCCUUGCAGCAAAUUCCGACAUGGCUCGCGAGCAAGGGGGAGCGAGGACGACGGAAACGAGUCCAGCAACGCCACCAGCGGCAGCGUGACUGGCCAAUCCGACGAAAAGCAGUGGCGGCGCGAGAUGGUCAGCGAACCGCCGACGCCGACGCCGUCGCAGCUCGAUCGCCGGACGGCGUCUGACGAGGCGCCGAACAGCAGGCUGCUGACCAAGAAGCAGCUGAGCGAGAUGGCGUGGGGCGUGAGGCAGCUGAGCCGGCGGCUGGGCAGCAUGCGGCUCAGGUUCCGGGUCAAGACGAUCUUCCUGUUGACCAAGAUCUACGACCCGGAUCUGGUGGGCAAGACGAGGGAGCUGUGCCGCUGGCUGCUGGACAAGGAGCGGGAGGUGCGGUAUACGGUGUACGUGGACCGGGCGCUGAAGGAGAAUAAGAAAUUCGAUGCUGCCGGGCUGGUGGAGGAGGUGCGCAAGGAUUUUGUCGCGUCCGGCGAGGUCAGCGAGGAGGCGAGUUGGGAUACCGGGAAGCGGUUGCGGUAUUGGGAUGAGGGCAUGUGCAGGGCCAGACCGCACACGUUCGACUUUGUCAUCACGCUCGGCGGGGAUGGCACGGUGCUGUACGCCAGCUGGCUCUUCCAGCGGAUUGUGCCGCCCGUGCUGAGCUUUGCGCUGGGGAGUUUGGGCUUUCUGACCAAGUUCGAUUUCGAGGAGUAUCAGAAGACUCUGACGAAGGCGUUCGACGAAGGGAUGGCGGUCAGCUUGAGGUUGCGGUUUGAGGCGACGGUUAUGCGCAGCCAGAAAACGGGAUCGAAGUUGGCAGAUGGGGACCACAGCGAUGGGAAGCAUGCCGAGGCCGACGUAGACAGUGAAGACCAAGGCCCGCCGAGGGACCUGGUCGAGGAGCUGAUCGGGGAGGAAAAGGACGACGAGCGUACCCAUCGGCCGGACGGCACAUACGAGGUGCUGAACGAAGUGGUCCUGGAUCGAGGGCCAAAUCCAACUAUGUCUAGCAUCGAAAUCUUCGGCGACGAUGAGCACUUCACCUCCGUCUCGGCCGACGGCGUCUGCGUAGGCACCCCCACCGGGUCGACAGCUUACAACCUCGCCGCCGGCGGCUCCUUGUGCCACCCGGAGAACCCGGUCAUGCUCCUCACGGCCAUCUGCGCUCACACGCUGUCCUUCCGGCCCGUGAUUCUUCCCGACACCAUGGUUCUGCGCCUCGGCGUGCCGUACGACGCACGGACGAGCUCGUGGGCCAGCUUCGACGGGAGGGAGCGGGUCGAGUUAAAGCCGGGCGACUACGUGACCGUCAGCGCGAGCAGGUAUCCCUUUGCGUGCGUCCAGCCGCACGGCAGGCGCAGCGAGGACUGGAUCAACAGCAUCAGCGCCAAGCUGGGGUGGAAUACCAGGCAGAGACAGAAGGCUUACGAUCAGUGGGAGAAGUAGUACCUUGCCUUCCCCAGCGGAAAUCAUAUCAUAUCCCACGCUUUCCGAGUUUAUCCGUUGCAGUGAUGCGUACAAUAUGUGCUAGCUGGUUGAUGCU